AUGAGCGGUGCCCCCGGUGGGCCCCGGCCGAGGACCCCGCCGAGCCGCGGAGCCGCGGCCGCCCCGUCGCCCCGGCCGCCCCCCGCCGACCCGCUGCGCCAGGCCAGCCGGCUGCCCAUCCGCGUCCUGAAGAUGCUCAGCGCCCACGGCGGCCACCUCCUGCACCCCGAGUACCUCCAGCCGCUCUCCUCCACGCCCGUCAGCCCGAUCGAGCUGGACGCCAAGAAGAGCCCUCUGGCACUGCUGGCCCAGACCUGCUCGCAGAUUGGCAAACCCGACCCACCCCCCUCCUCCAAGCUCAACGCUGUGGCCGCCGCCGGGCUGCCCACCGCCGAAAAGGAGCCCGCCGCCCGCCCUGCCACCCUGAAGCCACCGGGCAGCGGGGACACGCCACCCGAGGACAAGUCAAGCUUCAAGCCCUACUCGAAGGGCAACGGGGAGCCACGCAAGGAAGGUGGCACGGACAAGGCCGGCUUCCGGGUGCCCAGCGCCGCUUGCCCACCCUUCCCACCCCACGCCGCCGCUUCUCCCGGCAGCUCCCGUGGUGCCUCGCCGCAGCACACCGACCCCAAGGGCCCCGAGGAGAAGAAGGAGCCUGAGGCGGCCAAGCCCAGCCCCGAAGGGACGAGCGGAGGGCUGGGGCGUGGGGUGACAGAGGCUGGGGCGCACAGCGAACCCCCCUCGGGACGCAAAUCGGAGCCCCCAGCCUUGCCGCCUGCCGGCCAUGUGGCCCCCGUCUCGCCCUACAAGCCAGGCCACUCCGUCUUCCCUCUGCCGCCUUCCAGCAUCGGCUACCACGGCUCCAUCGUCGGUGCCUAUGCCGGCUACCCGUCACAGUUUGUGCCCGGGCUGGACCCCACCAAGCCGGGCCUGGUGGGCAGCCAGCUGCCAGGGGCACUGGGGCUGCCGGGCAAGCCGCCCAGCUCCAGCCCUCUCACCGGGGCGUCGCCGCCCUCCUUCAUGCAGGGAUUAUGCCGGGACCCCUAUUGCCUGAGCUACCACAGCGCCUCGCACCUGGGCUCCAGCAACUGCUCCAGCUGCGUGCACGACCCUGGCAGCCUGAAGAGCGGAUACCCCCUGGUGUACCCCACACACCCUCUGCACUCGGUGCACACCACACUCUCCUCCAGUGGCACCCCCAGCCUGCCGGGCCACCCCCUCUACACCUACGGCUUCAUGCUGCAGAACGAUCCCCUGCCCCACAUAUGCAACUGGGUGUCUGCCAGCGGACCCUGCGACAAGAGGUUUGCCACCUCGGAGGAGCUGCUCACCCACCUACGGACCCACACGGCCCUGCCAGGGGCGGAAAAACUCUUGGCAGGUUACCCUACCUCCGGGCUGGGCUCCGCGGCCUCCUGCCACCUCCACCUCCCGCCCGCCGCCCCGGGGAGCCCCAACACGUUACCGGCCUCCCUCUCCUUGAGGAGCCCACACACUUUGGGACUCAACAGGUACCACCCCUACGGCAAGAGCCAUUUGCCCACGGCCGGUGCCCUGCCGGUGCCCUCCUUGCCGGCCGCCGGACCUUACUACUCUCCAUACGCUCUCUACGGCCAAAGACUAACUUCAGCUUCUGCACUGGGAUAUCAGUAA